AUGUUGAAAAACUGGAAAUUAUACUUCUUGGUGCUCAGACAUCGAAAAACGACAAGAUGCAUAAAAACAACCCCUCUUUUGGACAGGACAGGGCCUCGCCCAACAGGGCCUAGCGACGCAUCUCGAAACGGGCCCCACAGCGCCUUCCCGGAGCGCUCCAAUGGACACCAAGUCAGUGCGGCGGGUUCUUUGGGUCCCGAAAGAAAGAGGCCGCGUGUUGGCAACUCGAGGUACGCCGGCUCGCGCUACCAGGAUGCGGGGUUCCACAGUUCGUCGAAGCAACGCCUCAACGUUCAAAACAUCCCCACAGGACACAGAGACGUACCAAAGCGACAAUCUCGGUACGAUCCAGGCAAUGCAAAACCUAAGGCAGUACCUGUGACGGUAGUGGUACGGGAGCGUGACUCAUCAGUCUACGAGCGCAUUCAACAAGUUGGUGAGGGUACAUAUGGGAAAGUUUACAAGGCUAGGAACACACUGACUGGUCAGUUGGUUGCACUGAAGCGACUGAGGCUUGAAGGCGAGCGUGAGGGUUUUCCUAUCACCUCGAUCCGGGAAAUCAAACUACUGCAAAGCUUUGAUCAUCGCAACAUCAGCACACUCUCCGAAAUAAUGGUUGAGUCCCAAAAAACGGUUUAUAUGAUAUUCGAAUACGCAGACAAUGACUUAUCAGGUCUGCUCAUGAACGAGCAAAUUGUGUUGUCCAGCGCCAACUGCAAACAUCUGUUUAAGAGUCUUUUGGAAGGUAUUCACUAUCUGCACAGCAACGGCAUUUUACACAGAGACAUCAAAGGCUCUAACAUACUAAUAGACAAUAAGGGCCAGCUAAAGAUCACGGAUUUUGGUCUGGCAAGGAAGAUGCGCGAUGACUCGGACUACACCAACAGGGUUAUCACACUGUGGUAUCGCCCACCGGAACUUCUAAUGGGGUCGACUAAUUACGGGACCGCAGUUGAUAUGUGGGGCUGCGGAUGCCUGCUGGUAGAGCUUUUCCAAAAAACCGCCAUUUUCCAGGGGACAAACGAGGUCGAGCAACUAAACGCUAUUUUCUCUAUUAUGGGAACGCCUAGUGUAGAACAAUGGCCCACUCUCUUUGAGAUGCCAUGGUUUUUUAUGAUGAUACCGCAGCAGAAUCGCAAGUAUGAGCCAAGGUUUGAUGAGAAAUUCGGAGCCGUACUACCAUCGCCGGCAGCCGUCUCUCUGGCCAAGGGCCUACUUCUGUAUGAUGAGAAGCGCAGGUUAUCAGCCAGCGAAGCCCUGAGGCAUCAAUAUUUCCGCGAAGAACCACAGCCGCAACCUCUUGACCUUUCGGGAUUCGAUGGCUGGCAUGAGUUUGAGGCCAAGAGGCAUAGACGCAAAGAAAGAGAGGAGCAGAAGCGGCGCGAAAAGUCAGAGUCCCAAGGCAGCUGA